CCGAAGAAGGCAGCCCUCCCAUCAGGGCGAAAACCACGGAGGGGUUCAACGGGAAUGUUCUGUUUGGAGAUUUUCUGUUCAAAACACAAAAGUAGCUCAAAAUGACAGACAUUCUCGUGUCCGUGGUGUCUGAGGCGAAACAUGCCUUCCCAACACUUUCCAAACUUUCAGAGGGUGAUGUAGAUAACAUCUGGUCGGAUGUUUCCUCGUUCAUUGAACGCCAGAUGUCUUUGCAGAAGGGAGUCCAAAUACAUGGUCUGGGUACAUUCACCUUCUGUCAGAAAAAAUUAGAUGUAGGAAAUAAAUACAUUCUCAUCCAGAGACCAGUAUUCCUGUUGUCAGAGAAGCUCUCGCUCUCUCAUGGCAUAAGACAGGUAAAACGUGUCCUUGUAGGUGAUGUGCCAGAAGUGUCACUUAAUUUCUCAGCCCUCACAGCAGAAAGCCUGUUUGACCGGGACGUCAUUGAAGGAUGUGUCCGGGAGACUCUAAUAUUACUGCUGCGUGCCAUUGCCACCCAGCGCUCGGUCCUCUUCACCUUCAAGGGGAUUGGCGUGCUGGUCUUUCGGAACUCGAAAGUGAAAAUGCACUUCUCUAAAGACUUCCUCUCCAGCAUGGAUGGUGGGGGUGGGGGAAGAGCACUGUCUUCCCUUGGGAAUAGGCCAGGGUCCAGCAGCUCACUGUCUUUAGACAAACUGAGCAGGCCUGGAAGCUGCAGCAGCACGGUCCAGCUGCCCUGCAUCCCGCCCCCGACAGCCAGGCAGGAGGUAGGGCCAAGUCGCCCAGCCCAUAGUGCAUGUGACACAGCCCGAGAAAGGGGCAGAGAAACUCCGUCUUUGACAUCUCUAAAGGGUCUGACUUCAACCAAAAGUGCAAGCCUAAUAGAAAAGCUGUACACAACCCCCUCAAAAUGCCACCAAAAGCAGACUUCACUCAGUGAGCCCUUGCAGCCAGAACACAGUGCUUUGGAUGAACUGAAAGUGAAGAAAGGGAGAGACGUUCACUUUAACCUAGCCUGCAAAGAUCACACACGUGCUGGACAGGAGCUAUGUUACCUCUGCAUGCAGAGAAAGAAACGCAACAUUCCCCUGUACGUGGCCGAGGAGAGAUGGCAGGAGGACCAGGAGGAGGCCAGACUCUUAAUGUUGGGCGAGGAGGAGAAGGACCAGCAGUACCUGAAGGACACAAAGGUUGAGCAGAAGAGAAUUCAAGAAAACAACAAGAAAGUUGCUGCCUUCAACUUGGAUGUUGCUGAGGCCAUGAAGAGGACACGGGCAUUGCGCCCAUCUCAGUUCCAUCCUUCUUACAUUUUCAGAGUACGGCAAGACACUCCUAACAUUUUGCUGAAACAAAGGAACUACAUGCAGAAUGUUAUGGACCAACAAUCUUGCAAUUUGCAGAAUCAACAGCUUAACAAGCAGAGCCAGGAGCUAAUAGGUUAUUUACAGCAAGUCCAACUUUCACACGAAAUUGCUCAGCAAAACUCACUAAUGAACGUGGAGAGAUACAAUAGCUCUGAGUACUAUCGGAAAGCACUGGAUGCUCAGAUGCAGGUAGAACAAGAGAAGCCGAGAGUGCACUUCAAAAAGGGUAUCGUCCUUCCCCCCAUCAUCAGACCAUCUGGCAUUGUUGAAAUGCAAGAACAGACUAGGGACUACCAAAGACCAGCAAUCAAAGGGUCAGAUUUUGUGUUUGGGGCGUUUGACAACAACCCAGAAGCUCUAGUGCAGCAACGGCAGAUGGCACAAGCCCUCUAUCAAGACCAACUCUGUACCGCCACACAAAAGAAGAACGAGGCAACACUACACCAAAUUGUUCAGCGAAGGAAAGAGAGGAAGAUGCUUCAGACAUGCCAGAAAGAACUAAAAGAGGACAGGUUGUCAAACUAUCAUAAACUGUGCAAGCUAAGGAAGUCGCUGGAGGGCACAUGGGGGUGCAUGGCAAACCUCAAGCACCAGCGAGAUAAAGAGGAGAGAAACUUCAUCAGAUGUGGUAGUCGUCUUCUGAUCAGCCAAUGUGACCAGUACCACCGCUGUGUCCAGUGCCAGAGGAAGCCUGAAAACUCUGGCCAGAGCAACAUCUUGAAGGAAACACGCUACAUUGCUGGGUCUCGACUGAUGGUGUAGGCGGAAUAUCAUUGACCACAGUUAAAUAAAUCAUGUUUGCACUGUGA